AUGAAGUUUGCGACAUUUAUACUCAUCGCAUUGAUAAUAAUCUCCACCUCGUCUCCUGAUUUUGCCAGAGCAACUACUCUAGGGGGUUUCGGAGAAGUAGCACAAGUAUGUGAUCCGACGAAGCUCUUGCCGUGCUUACGGGCAAUACAGAAGGGAGAAGCUCCGUCUAAAGAUUGCUGCACCGGACUGGCCAUGGUAGCACAGGAACCUGAUCCUGAUCAUAGUGUUCCUUCUCCAAACGCUCGUAAUGAUUGUACUAAGCCUACUCCUGGUGGUUGUAAUUGA